AUGGCACUGGAAUUUUUCCUCCCCAGGAUGGAAAGGAAGAGCCUCUUCCUAAGCCUACUUCUCUGCUACAGUCUGCUCCAAGCUGCCCAUUCCUAUAUGGUAAUUGAAGAGAAGACAGAAUGCAACCUGUCAAGGAGCAACAAAAUGACUCUGCAGGAUCUCCCACCCAUCUCCAUAGUAGAGGCAGAGAAGGAGAAAUCUUCCAAGAAAAACGCUGAACCAAAGACAUCUCCGAAACCAAGGCCCACACCAGCUGCUGACUGCGUGCCAAACUUCAAAACCUGCAAACCACACUUGAAUUCAUGUUGUAACUACUGUGCUUUGUGCAAAUGCCGAAUUUUUCAGACCAUCUGCCAGUGUCUAAUGUUAAGCCCAAAGUGCUAA